CACUCUCAUAACAAAUAAAAUCUUUCUAUAAAGAAUUUUUUUUAAAAUUCCAAAUAUUAUUUUUUAGAAAACAGUCAUUAAAAUUAUUUUAUUCAUUGUUUCAAGGUUAGCUAUUAGAUUAUUUAAUGGAUGAUGUUGACUCUUGUGUACUCUGUUUUAGUUAUUAUUUUCAUUUUUUCAAUUCAACAAUACUUAAAAAACCGUUCCUGGUAUAAAAUCCUAAAAAAACUUCCAGGAGCUAAGCCCCACUUUUUAUUUGGAAAUGUGGGUUGGGCUUUAAAGCUUUAUACAAGAAAAUCUGCGCAUCAUCCAGGAGUUUAUGCCCUUGAAAGAGUGAUGGGCUAUGAUCUCCUUUUUCGAAAACCCGGAUUUCAGUGUGUCUGGCUUGGUUGGAGUCCAAUGGUUGCUGUUAAUUCGCCAGAGUUACUUGAAAUUAUACUCAGCAGCAACACAUCAUUGGAGAAAUCAAACGAAUACUCAUUUCUCCACAGGUGGCUAGGUCAUGGUCUUCUCACAAGCACUGGGGCAAAAUGGAGAUCAAGGCGCAAACUCUUAACGCCGUGUUUCCAUUUUCGCAUUCUGGAUGACUUUUUGCCAACACUGAACGAGCAAUCUAUGAUCUUAGUCAAGAAGCUCCAAUCUCAUCAGCAUCAAGAUUUUGUGGAUAUCACACCUCUAAUGGUAUUGUGCACAUUGGAUAUUGUGUGUGAAACCGUAAUGGGAACUCACAUAGGUGCGCAAAAAGGUGAAAAUUCAGAUUAUGUUACUGCGGUUCACAAUUUAGGGGACUUUUUCAAUCAGCGGUUCAUCAGACCUUGGUUGUGGUCUGAUGCUUUAUUCAGGAUUUCCAGUUUAGGAAGAAAGUUUGACAGAGAUCUAAGCAUACUACACAACUUCACAGAAAAGGUUAUACGAGAAAAGAAAAAUGAGAGAUUAUCUCAAGAACAUAUCUUUCGAGAACAGAGUCCAGAUGAUGAAUUCAAAAAUAAACGAAGACGAGCAUUGAUGGACUUAUUGCUGGAUUUGCAUUUCGAUGGACAUCAGUUAAGUGAAGAUGAUAUUAAGGAAGAAGUGGAUACUUUUAUGUUUGAAGGCCACGACACCACGGCCAUGGGACUAACCUUUGCUUUGUACUGCAUUGGUCUUUAUCCUGAAGUGCAAAAGAAGAUCCAUGAAGAACUAGAAGUCAUUUUUGGAAAUAACAAGCAACGUCCUAUCACUAUGGAUGAUGUUCGUAGUAUGAAGUAUCUGGAAUAUGCCAUCAAGGAAUCUCAAAGACUUUAUCCAUCUGUGCCAAUAAUAGGCAGGAAACUAAACGAAGAUAUUCAUUACCAGAGUUAUGUCAUUCCUAAGGGCAUUACUGCCCAUUGCCAAAUCGUGAGCCUGCACAGGCGAAGUGAUAUAUACGAAAAUGCAGAGAUAUUCGAUCCGGAGCGAUUCAUGCCUGAUAAUGUAUUGAAAAGACACCCUUACGCAUUUCUACCAUUUUCGGCGGGACCCCGUAAUUGCAUAGGUCAAAGAUUCGCAAUGUUAGAAGAAAAAGUUAUCAUUAGCAACAUUCUUCGGCAUUUCAGAGUAAAAUCUCUGGAUCCCAGAGAUAAAAUCCACAUAAAAGUGGAAUUCAUACUGAGACCAGCAGAACCAAUCAGGCUGAAAUUAUUUCCGAGAUCAUGAUAACGAAAGGAGACGUGAUUAUUUCUGAAAAUAAUUUGCUCUCUGAAUUCUACAGAUAAAUUUAUUUCAAGCUUAUCUAGGCACUUCGAUAUCGUGACAUCAACUGGAGACAUCGAAUGAUUCUAUGAUUAUUUGUUGAACUGAGAUUUCAUAGCACACAGAUCAAGCCAUGACUCUUGAAUUAGCUUUUAGAUUGAUAUUGCAAUAGAUAACUAUCUCUCCAAAAACUGUUAAAUUUAGUUUAUUAUAAAUGUCAUAUUUUCAUAUUUUUAUAGCCAUCAGAUACAUAAAUUUUCAUGGAGAAAUAUUAAAAUUUCAUUUGUUCAUUAUUAUCUAAAAGAAAAUAAUGAACAAAUGAAUUCAAAAGAUUAAAUACAUUUGGUUUUCUUGAAAUAAUACAAAGAAAAUUUCAUUAAGGCAAGUAUGUGCAAUUGUGCAUAUUUUUUAAAGUAAUUUUUAUUGGUAAUAAAAAUUUACUCUCAACAUAAUCCGUACAGCUUUGCUCCUGACUUAAUAAUGUUAACAAAAUCCAAACCACCGUGACCUAAAAUAAAUCUGUAACAAUGAGUUUAAGAAAAGUAUACUCCUUGGUGCUCUACAGGGUAGAUCGUUUGUUCAAACUUGAUGCAUAUAUACCCGCUCUACAGGGUAGAUCGUUUGUUCAAACUUGGUGCAUAUAUACUUGGUUUUUCUACAUUUUUUUCUAUAUUUUCUAUAUUUUUUUCUACAUUAAAGCGUAUU